GGAAGGAGCGAGACCGCGAGGGAUCCUGGGUGACGCGGAGGUGCUGUGGGCGGAAGUUCCUCGGGUUAGAGGUCGGGAGGAGGAGCUUUAGCGGAACCUGCAGCUUCUUGGGGGCUUUUGGCUUUUCUGCAAGCAAAGCUGCGCUGGCAGUUACUUGCUUUUUCUGCAGAGAGUGCUACCCCUGCUCCUGAGCCGCCUGAGAGGAGGAGGCGAUGGCUGAAGCCCUGCAGAAGAAGCUCCAGGGAGAGCUGGAGAAAUACCAGCAGCUGCAGAAAGAUAUCAGCAAGUGCAUGACGGCCCGACAGAAACUGGAGGCUCAGCUGACCGAGAACAACGUGGUGAAGGAGGAGCUGGACCUGUUGGAUUCGUCCAACACCGUCUACAAGCUGAUUGGGCCCGUCUUGGUGAAGCAGGACACAGAUGAGGCCAAAGCCACAGUCGCGAAACGGCUGGACUACAUCGCAGGGGAGAUCAAGCGCUACGAGGGCCAGAUGCAGGAUUACGAGAAGAAGUCGGACCAGCAGCGGGAGACGCUGGCGCGGCUGCAGCAGGAGUUCCAGAAGGCCCAGGCCAAGGGGGCCGUCAAGGCCUGAGGGGAGUUGGGGGGGUCUUCCUGGACUGUGGG